AUGAGCAGGAGACGCAACAACGUACGGGGUCCGACGUCUGCCCUCACCGAAUUCCUAAGGGAAUCCGGCAUCAACCCUGAACUCAUAGCACGGCGUGUCGCCACACGAAACCAGGGCCAGUCUAGCGCACAGCAGCCGGUCACAGAUCCAAGUAACAACAAUGGAAUAGAGCCCCCCGCUAGCAACGGCAUCGAGUCGGAACAUGUUGCGCCAGAUUCCACUUCUGGCGCACAGGGUCAGUCUGGAGUACGGCUCUCCGGUUACGCGUCUGAUCAACUCGACGAACUUGAGGAACAAUCACCUGCCAAAAAGGCUCGAGUUGGCAAGGGGAAAGUAACUGCAGCAGCAAAAGCAAAAGCGAAAAAGAAAGCGAAAGAUGAUGGUGAUUAUCAAAGCUCGUCGGAUGACGAGUAUACAGCACUAUCAAGGAACAUGAGAGCUACGGGCGCAAGUCGCAGUCCGAAACCGCCUGUUGGUAGUUUUGAGAACUGUGCGAAAUGCACAAAGCAGUUCACAGUCACGAGGUAUACAAUGGCCGCCGAUCCGCCGCCUGGGUAUCUCUGCCAUGACUGCGUAAAGGCUGCGGGUAUCGACCCGUUCAAGAAACCUGCCGCUCCCAGAAAGCGCAAGGCGCCUACUGAGAAACGUGAAUUUGUCAAUUUCGAAGAGCGUCGCUUACCAACUUUGGUUUCUCUUUGCGUUGAGCUUAUCAGUAAACAUAUCGACGAUGUGGAGGCACUGGGUGAUAUUGGGUCAGUUAACAUGGAUGAGAUUUCCAAAGCCUUAGGGAAGAGCCGAAGCUUGAAUUCCCAGAAUGCUCGCUUGUUCUAUGAUGUGCGGAGCAAGGCCCUACGGUUCUAUGACGCUACCCACCUUUCCGCCCAGGCUUUUACAACUCUUGCCAAUCUCAAUCCCAAUUUAACGCACUUGCACCUGGACUUCUGUGGUCGCCUGACAUCAUCAGUGAUGGAGGAUUUUGCCAGGUCACUUCCUCACUUAACUUCAAUUACUCUUCUCGGACCCUUCUUGGUUCGCGUGGAAGCCUGGAUUGAAUUUUUUCGUUCCAAACCUAAUCUUCGCUCAUUUCGCAUCACGCAGAGCCCUCGCUUUGACUCCAACUGUACCCGACAACUUGCUGAGAGUUGUACCGAGCUCGAGGAAUUGCAGCUCCGCGAAGUUGGGUUACUCAAUGAUGAAUUUGUAGAACCUCUGUGUGCUCUUCCCCCGCUAAAAGUGUUGGACCUCGCAAGCCCAGGAGUUGGAAUCGACGAAGAUGGAUGGCUCAAGCUGCUGGAGCGCCAUGGUAGCACACUCGAGACUUUCAAUCCUUCGUGGCAUGUCGGCUUCACCGGUACAGUGUUAAGACACGGGCUUGGCAACCGCGCGCGCGCGUUAUCCGACCUAGUUAUGGAAGGCUGUGAGAGCUUAGUGGACGAAGACGUCGCUCGUUUUUUCAAAUAUUGGGCGAGCAAAACUGACGAGCAAGAUUCUACUGAAGAUACCAUGGACACCACAGAUGACGUCCCUCGUGUUGAGGGCGUAGAUAGCCUCAAUCCUCCUCUCCACUUCCUUUCUUUAGCGCGCAACGAUAUCCUUUCUGAUGCCACGCUCACCGCGUUACUUGACCAUUCGGGACCAUCGCUGACUCACCUCAACCUCAACGGCCUGCGUUCUCUUUCGACUGAUGCACUCGUGCUAUUAAAAUGUGCAGUAGGACUCAGGCGUUUGGACCUCAGCUGGUGCCGUGAAGUGGAUGAUUUUGUCAUGAAGGAAAUUAUUUCUGCCAUGCCAAAAUUAGAAGAAGUAAAAUUAUGGGGGUGCAAUCGUGUCAAGGGGAAUCGAUGGACCGGCAAGAAAGGGCUGAAAGUCCGUGGAAUUGAACCCAAUGCGGGACAUCAAUAAUUCAAUCCCAUUUACAAGCAUGGCGGAUUUCGAUGAGAUUCCCAAGAUAACCAUGGUUGGAUGGCUACUGCAUUUUCAGAGGCUCUCUUCUCACUACAUGAUUGGGCUUGUAGGAUACAUAUGGCUUUUGCCUUGGAGGUUUUCCAGUUUGCAGAUCAGCAUAAAAUUGUUGUGGUAGUUUGUUUGUGACGGAACAUCAUUUAGUAUCACAUCAACCUCACCCGCUAGAUUUUUGUUAUUUUGAAAGAUUGACAAAGUUCUGGAAAUCGUUACAGUAA